ACACGGGAAGCAGUCCACUGACAUUUAGUAAACAUCCUCAUGUAAUUUGAACUUUGAAGCGAUUCGCUUCUUGUGGUGUUAAAGUUCUCCCCGGACCUGCAGGUGAUGCUCUCGGAGCUUGCAAACGAAACUUUUAUUAGUGUUACGCCGUAUUUAUAUUUGUUACACUGAUCUCAAAUCUACAGACAAAAUAUUGCACCCAAGUCUCAGCUAGGGCCCUAGGGCUCGAGCUCCGUCUAUGAGUGUAUCUGAGUCUAAGCAUACAUGCUUUUCCUAUAAAACCAGCCCACUUUCUUGCAUUUCCCCAAGCCUCACUGUUUGAUUUCUCCUUCAGUGAGCAUAUACUUCUUACAUCGCAUUUCUUUGUCAACAUUCUAAACGAUACCAACAUGGGCAAGACUGAUUUGCGGGUGCUUGGCCAGUCACCUCUCAAUGCCGAACCACCAUGUCUCGUGGAGCUCACAAAGCACACCAUUACACCACUGCACCUGGCAUAUUCCCGUAACCAUUCUGUAAUUAAGGAUCUGGCAUCCGAAUUCGACAGCUACACGGUCAAGAUCGAUGGCGAAAUGGAGGGGAUGGAAGAGAAGGUAUUGAACGUCAAGGACAUGAUCGCAUCCUUUCCAAGAAAGGUGGUUGUGGCUGCUCUCGUCUGCGCUGGUAACCGUCGUGCUAAGAUGCAAGAAAACACCGGGAAAGAGGUCCGAGGUAUUAAGUGGUCUGAGGGUACCAUUGCGAAUGCGCGCUGGGGCGGUGUGCUCCUGCGUGACAUAUUGAUCAGUGCAGGAAUCCCUGAGCAGGAAGACGCUCAAAAAGGUUUCCACGUCUGCUUCGCCUCGCAUGUUGCGCCGUGCGAGGAUGACACUUCCUAUGGAGGGUCUAUUCCGCUUGAGGAGGUCAUGGCAAAGGAUGGUGCUGCUAUGCUUGCCUACCAGAUGAACGAUGCGCCCCUUACACCUGAUCAUGGAUUCCCUUUGCGUGUCGUUGUGCCUGGGUACUUUGGCAUGCGAUGGGUUAAAUGGGUGGACCGUAUCACUAUUUCAAGGAACGAAUCGCCCAAUUUCUAUCAGCAGCGCGAUUACAAGAUGUUGCCCGAAUGUGUUUCCUCUCCAGAGAAGGCCAUCAACGAGGAUUGGUGGAGCCGUGUACCUGCAAUGCAACGACUUAACUGCAACUCGGUCGUUGCCCACGUCCAGUGUCUGACACCUGCUUGUCCUGACCAGAAGACUCUUAAAGUCAUAGGUUACGCCUACUCCCACUCCCCUAUCUCGCGUGUGGAAAUCAGCGGGGAUGGCGGCGAGACAUGGCACGAAGUUCGAAUCACAUACCAAGAGGGCAAUUGGAGUUGGUCAUUGUGGGAAGGCGAAGUCGUAGUAGACAUCGACAUUGAUGCUCUUGAGUGGGCUAACCAGGGACAGAGGAACGGACGCUCGAAGACCAAGGUGACGGUGAUCAGCCGAGCAUUUGAUCAGUCUGGAGGCGCCCAGGAUACCGAAUGCCGCUGGAAUUUGAGAGGAGUGGGCUUCUGCGGCGCUGGUGUUGGAUCGGUCGAAGUAUGAUCAGUUUUUAGCUAGUUUGAUUGGUCUUUCUAUGCAUGUCCUAAAAUAUUAACGGCUAAGCAAUGUACCAUGGUGCUUCUGGUGAUUCAGAUAUUACUACAGACCUUCACUUAAUUAAGUCGUGCGACUUGCAUGCCUUGAUGUAGUAAUUCGGCGUGAUGCGAAAUCUCGGAGAGAUACACCGAAAUAUUCGUAUCGUGCCGCACGGAAGUCAUGUGGAAGACAAGCGCUAGAACUCCUUCUAUUGAAUACGUGGCUUGACAUAUUGAAAGCGAUUCCCCUUG